AUGGAUUCAUGUUAUACCAACUAUUCCUGCUUGUCACCAACCACAGGAGCUGCACCCCAUACAUUUGCGGCAGCACUCCAGUAUUUUGCUGCCGCUCAAUGUCUUAUUAAAGACAAUGUUCUGCCAGAUAACUGUGUAAAAGAUUCCGAACGCUUUGACUUCAUAAUCGUGGGAGGAGGUACCGCUGGUUGUAUUCUGGCAACGCGUCUUAGUGAAAUGAGAAAAUAUAAAGUGUUACUGGUGGAAGCUGGGCCAUAUUCCCCCGUGGAAAGUUAUAUACCAACUUUUUUUCCAUAUCUUCUUUUGUCACGAUAUGAUUGGCAAUAUCAUACUGAGAACAAUGGCAUUGUCAGCCAAGCACUUAUAAAUGGGUCGGUGUGUUGGCCUCGAGGGAAAAUGCUAGGAGGUUCUAGUAGCAUAAAUGCAAUGAUUUAUGUUAGAGGGAAUACGGAGGACUUUCAAAAUUGGUAUGAUCUAGGAAAUACUGAUUGGCAUCCAAAUAUAGUAAAGAAGUAUUACAAAAAAGCAGAAUCUUUGCAAAAUCAAAAACUGCUACAAAAUCCAUUCAUUCGUGACUUUUAUGGAAUUGACGGCCCACUUGCUAUUAAUGUGUUUAACGAUUCGUUUCCAAAUACUAUAAAAAAUGUUUUGUCUGCUUACGAAGAAAUAGGAAUAAAGAAUGCUUAUGAUGUAAACACGGCUAAUGUUAUGGGUUCAGGAUAUUUGACAGCAACUGCUGCUAAUGGCAGGAGAAGUAGUACCGAUCAUUGUUAUUUAAAUCCAGUUCGUCGACUUAGAGAUAACCUUUAUAUAUUAACAGACAGUCUAGUUACAAAGAUAUUAAUAAAUACAUACACAAAAGUAGCUGAAGGUAUAGAAUUAGAGAGGCAAGGUAUUAAAAUGAUUUUUUAUGCAAAUUUAGAAGUGAUAGUAAGUGCUGGAGCAAUCAAUACACCGCAGCUUCUUAUGCUAUCCGGCAUUGGUCCUAGAAAACAUUUGGAAUCAAAAAAUAUUCCUUGUCUUGUUGAUUCCUCUGCUGUAGGGCAAAAUCUUCAAGAUCAUAUAAAAAUUCCCGUUUUGGUAUAUGGUAAUAAUUCAAAUAGUUUAAGUGAAAUGCAAAAAAAUUACGAAGCUAUUAAAUAUCUUUAUGAUCGGACUGGAUAUUUAGCGGACAAUGGUAUCGCUAAUAUUUUAGCUUUUAAUUCUCUGUCAAAAUAUGCUACAUACCCAGACUUCCAAAUCUUUUUAAUGCCUUUUCCAAAAGGUGAUAGUGAUUUGACAAACAUAUUACGUACAACUAUUGGUUUCAAAUAUGAAGUUAUACAAAAUAUAGUAAGACAGAAUAAAAACAAAAUGUUAUACUUGUUUUUCUUUACACUACUACAUCCUUACUCUCUUGGUAGUAUCAUCUUACGAACAUCAAAUGCAAAAGAACACCCUAUAAUAUAUCCGAACUAUUUUAAUGAUGUCAGAGAUCUAAAUAAAAUGGUAGAAGGGCUGAAAUUUUUUUCCCAAAUCAUCAAUACUAAAUACUUUAAAUCAAUUGGUGGGCAUAUUGGUGAUCUUGGCUGGCCAUCGUGUGAUAACCUAGUUAAAGGUAGUGACAAUUAUUGGAAAUGUGUUGCAAUUAGUACGGCUAGUACCAUGUAUCAUCCAGUUGGGACAGCUCGAAUGGGUUUUAAUAUAAAGACAUCAGUUGUCAGCAGCAAACUCAAAGUAUAUGGAGUGAAUAAACUGAGAAUAGUUGAUGCCAGUGUGAUGCCAUCAAUAACCAGUGGAAAUACUAAUGGUCCAACUGUUAUGAUAGCAGAAAGGGCAGCAGAUUUAAUCAAAGAAGAAUAUGCUUGUGAUCGUUUCGCAGAUGGAGAUUAUGUAGUUGAUUUGAAAUAGAAAGCAUGUACUUGCAAGCUUUACAAAGCAAGGACUGUAAGAAAUAAAAGUGUAAUCAUCUUAAAGAAAUUAAUUACUAAUUAAUAAGUCUUGACAUUUUAGUAGUAAUAAGAUUGUAAAUUAAGUAGUAUUCUGUAUAGUUUACAGAAACGUGUUGUAGCAUCUUUAUAUUUAAUAAAUAGCCAUAAUAAUGUAUGUACAACGAGCUCGUUUGUAAAGCUAAUUAAAAUUUGAAUAGAAAUUAUGCAUUUUUCAUUAACAUAUAAUUUUAUUAAACCCAAAUUACAAAUAGUCAUAACCAGUUCAGAGUUCGAUUAAUACUUGUAAG